CGCAAACCCGUGCGUGUUGUAGAUAUUGUCUUUAAUUCAUCUUCCCACGUAUUCAGGUAAACUCAACUCAACAAAAUGCCGCCCCACAAAGGCCUCGUCCACCCAAAAGAAUACGACUGGCGCGACUCUAACGUGGAACUCAUAAACUCCUCCAUUGACCACAAAAUAAAAUACCAAUCCGCAACCACAGAGCCCGCAUGGAACAACGGCAUCAUUGGUAUUGAACCCGGGCUCUUCGUAUGGCGGAUUGAAGAUUUCGAAGUCGUGCCUUGGCCGAAAGAGAAGUAUGGGCAGUUUCAUGAAGGGGAUUCAUAUAUCAUUCUUCACACUGAGAAAGAGGGUAAGAACAAAAUGAUCCACGACAUAUUCUUCUACCUCGGUUCCCACACGACCCAAGACGAAGCUGGAGCCGCGGCCUACAAAACCGUGGAACUGGACGAAUAUCUGCACGGAACUGCAACUCAGUAUCGCGAACUCCAGAACAAUACAUCCGACGACUUUCUCGCGCUCUUUCCAAAAAUCAAAAUCCUGCGCGGUGGUGUCGCUUCGGGCUUCACGCAUGUCGCAGAAGAGGAGAACGUACAUGUCGAUAUGCUUCUCCGCAUCUUUAAACAUCCGAGCCUGGCUGCCAGUCGUGACGCAAUCAUGGUGCACGAAGUUGAACCGACGUGGCAAUCGCUGGAUGAAAAUGACGUCUUUGUUCUCGACCGCGGGGAUAAGAUUUUCGUCUGGCAGGGCCAGAAUUGCGCACCGAUGGAGAAACUAAAAGCCGCGCAGGUCGUCAAUGAUCUCACGCUGGCAAAACAUGUGGAGGUUGAGGUGUUGAGCCAAUCAGAGACUAGGAGCAAGGUUGUGGUAGAUUAUUUGGGGGGUAGGGAUGUGGAUGUAUUUGACCAAAAGUUUGUGUGUGAGAGGCCAGCAGCAAGGAGGGAAGAAGGUAGGGGGGGAAUGCAGGAGGCGAGGAAGGCGAAGAAGUUAUUUAAGUUGAGUGAUAAAGACGGUGAGCUAUCUUUUACGGCGGUGAGUGAGGGUGAGAAUGUUAACAAGGGCGAUUUCGAUGGAAACGAUGUGUUUUUGCUAGAUUCUACUCGCGCGAUUUGGGUUUGGGAGGGUAAAGGUGCGAGCAGAGCGGAGAAGGCGUCGUGGUUGAAGGUCGCACAAGCUUAUGUGAGACAUGUGAGUGAGGAUAGUUCGAUGUCGAUAGGGAAGGUUGUAGAGGGUAAUGAGAGUCAGGCGUUCUGGGCUGCUGUGGGGGCUUGA